CAAUAUGAGUACAUUCAAAGGAAAAAUUGAAGAGAUACCUGAAAUAAGUGUGGACAGAUUCGAAGAGGGAAACUUAGAUUCAGAAGCUUUUUUUUUAUCUCAUUGCCACACAGAUCACAUGGUUGGGAUAAAUACCCCAGAAUUCCGAGAAGUAUUGUUGAAAAGAAAUCGCUUUAUUUAUGUUUCACAUGUGACCAAAGGUAUCCUGAAGCAGAUGCAUCCAUAUUUAAAAGAUCAAAUUAGGGAACUCGAUUUUCAUACACCUACUCCAAUAUAUUUGAAAAAUAGAUGUAUAUCAGUAAUUCCCAUUCCUUCAGGACAUUGCCCGGGAUCUGUUAUGUUUUUAUUUGAAGGAAGUAAAACAGUUUUAUAUACUGGUGACUACAGAAUAAAUCUGAAAGAUAUUAAAAAGAUCAGAGCAUUUUAUGAUGAUCAUGGUAACAUGAAGAAAAUUCAUACAGUUUAUUUGGACACAACUUUCUUUUUGAGGGAUUAUAUGCAAUUUCCUACACGAGAGGAAAGUUUGCACCACAUUAUUAGUUUGAUUGAAGAAUGGAUGUCAUUAGGUGAAGAGCACAUAAUUCAUAUAAGUGUUAGUGCUAAAUAUGGAUAUGAGUAUGUUUUCAAGGAAAUUUUCGAUAAAGUCAAAAUGCCAAUUCAUAUCAAUGAGAAAGCCUUUGAUUUCUACAGUUUGAUACCUCAAUUAGAUGGAGCUAUAACACUUACAGGUGAAAACACAAGAAUUCAUUGCAGUUGUGGUGACUCUUUCAACAAAAUAUGUAAAAAUAAGGAAGAGUAUAAUAUCAGAACUAUUAAGAUGUCAGCUAUGAGAUGGAAGAACAAGGAUUUGGAAGAAGGUUUCACUACAAACGAAUCUGAAUCCCAUUUUGUUUGCUAUUCAACUCAUGCAUCGUACACAGAAGGUGUGGAAUUAAUCGAAUUCCUUAAACCUAAAGCCAUUGAACCAUGCGUUUUAAGAUUUGAUGAAGAUUUAGACAACCAAAUUUACUCUUCCAUAAAUGAGUUGUUGAACAGGGAUAAUGAACCCAAGGCGAAAAAGCCAAAGUUAUUUGAUUUGAAGAAACUUAAAAACACUCAGGAAGCGAAAACUGAAAAGUUUUCAGGGGUGGACCAAAAGUACAACGACAUUUUUGAUGAGGCAUUAGAUUCACCUCCAGAGAUGACAAUUCCUGAUUGAAUAAUAUUUAAGUGCACAGGCUUAAGAUUUUUUUACCUAAAAAUAGAAUUUUUAU